AUGCCGGCUACCUACACAUAUCAACAAAGCAGCGGGUCUGCAGCGCUGAACAACUGGCUCUCGGAGCCCGACUCGGCGGCGCCGUACCGCAACAUCGGCGCCUACCAACCGUUCGCCGGCUCCGGUAGUGGGGCAUACCAGUGGGGCUCGGUGCCGAGCACUACUGGCGCUACGAGGGGUAGCGGACAGGGACGGAAGAAGUGA